UUAUCAAUUAAUCGCAAAAACCUCUUCCUCUUCUUCCUCUUUCACAUUCGGAGCCGUCGCUUGUGAAAAAUUUCCGGCGAUUUAAUCAGUCAUGUUGGAAAUACGAACUCCGAAGACUGGAAAAGCUAAACGUGUACUCGAGAAACGAGCUCCUAAGUUGGUUGAAACUGGGAAGAAGACGUUGAUACUUCAUGGAACAAAGACGAGUGCUACGGUUAGCUCUGUGUUGAUGGAACUGUAUCGUUUGAAGAAGGGAGGUGCUAUCAAAUACUCUAGGAGGAAUGAGAAUAUUAGGCCUUUUGAGAGUGGUGGUGAAACCUCUUUAGAGUUCUUCUCUCAGAAAACAGAUUGUAGCAUUUUUGUGUAUGGCUCUCACACAAAGAAAAGACCUGAUAAUCUUGUACUUGGGAGGAUGUACGAUCACCAGGUCUAUGAUCUUAUAGAAGUUGGGAUUGAGAACUUUAAAUCUUUGCUUUCGUUUUCCUAUGACAAGAAAUUUGCACCUCACGAAGGAACGAAGCCUUUCAUUUGCUUUACUGGUGAAGGUUUUGAGAAUGUACCAGAGCUUAAGCAUCUAAAAGAAGUUUUGACUGAUCUGUUUCGUGGCGAGGUUGUGGAUAAUCUAAAUCUUACUGGAUUAGACCGUGCUUACGUAUGUUCAGCUAUAUCCCCAACGAAGGUUUUCCUCACUCAUUGUGCAUUGAAGCUUAAAAGGUCAGGGACCAUUGUUCCUAGAAUGGAGCUUGUUGAAGUCGGUCCAUCCAUGGACUUGGUUAUCAGGCGUAAUCGUCUUCCUAACGAAAGCUUAAUGAAAGAAGCAAUGAGGACAUCCAAGGAUAAACCUAAGAAGAAGGAGAAAAACGUUGAUCAAGAUGCAGUACGUGGAAAGAUUGGGAAGAUUUAUAUGCCUGAUCAGAAGCUUGGCGAGAUGCACUUGCCUGAUAAAUCCAAGGGACUGAAAAGAGAGCGGAAAGAGAGUAAGAAGCUUCAGGAAGAGACUGAUUCCAAAAAGAAGAAAAAGUCUUCUGAGUGACUUCACCAGACCACUCGUGGCUCUGCAUCAACAGUUUUCAUUAUGAGGAAGAUGAAAUGAUUUUGUAGUAAUGUGGGCAUGGCUUUUUUUUUUCUUCCAUUAGAAUUUAUACGCUGAUAUUUUUAUUAAAGGUAAUUUUGUUUUGUUAAAUUCUGCAGUCAACAAAAAUUGUGAAAGAAAAAAUGAGUUAAGAAAUGAGAUCAAACACAAUUUUUCUUUCUUUCUUA